AUGUAUUUCAAUGAAAGUGACGUCAUUUUGGCUACUACUGCUACUACCAUUACCGCUACAACUAUUACUACUACUGAUACUACUACAGCUGACGACGUUACCACUGCAGCUGCUACUACUACUCUUGCAAGUUUUCUUCCUUCAUCAUCACUGAAUACAUCAAAGCCUUUCAGUCCCAUGUUCAGCUAUGAACAAUUUUUGAAUGGUGGCGCCGAAAGCUACUUCUCUUACGACAACAAUCACAAAAUUUCUUACGUUAAUAACAAUAACAUCAGCAGCGUCAGCAACAACAGCAUCACACUUUGUAACAUUCACUACAAUGACAACAAAUCUUACAACUACAAUUGCUACGACGACGACAGCAGCAGCCACAAAAACGUGACAAACGUCACCACACACAGCGCGACAAACGGACAGCACGUCAUUGAAUACUUGGAUUACACUCAGAUAGACGCCAUCAGGUAUUUAUUCAUCGUCAUCUACGUCAUCAUCAUCUCGAUCGCCAUCAUCGGCAACCUACUCAUCAUAUGGGUCAUUCUUCGCAACUGCCACAUGCGGACAAUCACCAACUGCUACAUCGUCAACUUGGCAGCUUCCGACGUUCUUGUGGCGACGUUUGUGAUGCCCUUGAAGCUGGUGGAAUACACGACAAGUGGCUGGGGAGGCGGCGGAGGGGGGUUAGUUUCUGAUAGGUUGUGUUCUUUCACGUACAUGGCUCAACCCGUGUUUGUUUUCUCCAGUGUAAUCACCCUCAUGUGCAUCUCUAUGGAAAGAAAAACAGAUUUCUUUGCUACUACGAUGGUCCCAAAAACAAAUGAUUGUCAUCUUAAUGGAUCACUGAAUUUUAUUUAUGCUUUCCUUGAUCAUAUAAUAAUUUGA